CACGAAUGAAGUCGAAACACUAAACUAGCGUAGAAUAUAGGUAGAAACCGAUGUAAGGAUAUGAUUUUAUAUACAUAUAUUCACAAGCUCAAAAGCACUCACAAAAUAUGUUUAAAACCAUCCCAUAAACAUUUUCAAACAUCUAAAAGGGAUUGGAGAAGGUCAAUCAACUACACGGACACCUCUUUUUGAUGGAACCAAUUAUACAUAUUGGAAAGAACGAAUGAGAAUCUAUAUUCGUUCCACGAACUUCCAAUUAUGGUUGGUUAUCAAAAACGGGGAAGAGGUGCCGAUGAAGAAAGUCGGAGACAAGUUGAUCCCCAAGACCGAAGACGAGUUUGAUGCUGAGGACAUCAAAAAGGUCGAGAAUUAUGUAAAGGCAAUAAACAUGCUUUAUUGUGCCGUAAAUCCUGAUGACUACCGCAAGAUAUCCUGCUGCACAACCGCCAAGGAGAUGUGGGAUAAGCUCGAGGUGACGUACGAAGGAACGGACCAAGUACGUGAAGCCAAGAUCGACUUCCUCACCCAAGAGUAUGAGAUGUUCAGGAUGAAGAAGCACGAGAAGAUUGACGACAUGUUCGAUCGAUUUUCCAAAAUAGUCAACGAUCUUCAUGCAUUAAAGAAGACUUACACCGACAAGGAUCUUGUGCGAAAGAUCCUACGGAGCAUGACAUCCGAAUGGCGAUCCAAGGCCGAUGCCAUUUAUGAAUCAAUCGGCACAUCAAAUGUCACCAUCGACGGUCUAAGAGGUAAUCUAAAAACCUAUGAAUCUACUAUUCUUAACCCGUAUUUGAAUGACCAAAGGAAAGGGAUAACAUUAAAAGCCGUCAAAAAAUCAACGAUGAAUGAUUCAAGCGACGAUGAUGAAGUCAAGCUUGUCAUGAAGAAGUUUUGUAAACUUCUACGGAAGAAAGAAAAGGUUGAGGAUGGCCCUGUGUGCUAUGGAUAUGGUGAAGCCGGGCACAUCAACAACAAAUGCCCGAAAAGCGGAAGGAAUGCUCGGCACUUCAAAAGGCAAAGGGCAUAUAUCUCUUGGGGUGGCGACUCCGGCGACGAGUCAACCGAUCAAGACGAGGAUGAAACUUCCAACCUCUGUCUCAUCACGCACGAAGACCAAACCGACGAUGUACAAGAGGCCGAAACCGCCCACAUUUGGUCUUCCUUAUAUUCUCAUGAGCUUUUGUUGAGAAAGAUCAAAGAGGAAGAAAUGCGUGAAAAUCCCAAGCUUACCAACGCCUUCAAAGCUUCAAAAGACUCGUCUAGUGAAGAGUCAAGUGAAUCAAGUGAUGAUUCAAGUGACUCAAGCUCUACAGAAGAGUCGGAUGAUGAAGAAGACGAAGAGAAGGAAAUGAGAAAGAAGUAUACGGAUUUCCUCAAAUGGAAGAAGUAUGUGAAGAGGAAAGAAACGUAUAAAAAGCCAAAGAAAGAGCGGAAUAAGCCAAGGUAAAUUCUUAUCACUUAUUGGGAUAAGAUAUUAUUUUGUUUGGUUUUAGUUAUUUUUCAAAAAUAAAACCUUAUCCCAUAUGUGCUUUUAUUUGUUUUAGCCUUGGUUUGCAUGAUUAAAAUUUCUUAAAAUUC